UCUUCCCCCAAAAUGGUUAUUUCUUUGAACCCAUGCCUGAGCUUUAUCUGUUUCUCGUUAUGCCUCUGGAGCAGGACAGCAUCAUCACUGAAUCUUGAAGACCCUAAUGUGUGCAGCCACUGGGAAAGCUACUCAGUGACUGUGCAAGAGUCCUACCCACAUCCCUUUGAUCAGAUCUACUACACUAGCUGCACUGACAUUCUGAACUGGUUUAAAUGCACACGGCACAGAAUCAGUUAUCGGACAGCCUAUCGGCAUGGGGAGAAGACUAUGUAUAGGCGCAAAUCCCAGUGUUGUCCUGGAUUUUAUGAAAGCAGGGAAAUGUGUGUCCCCCACUGUGCUGAUAAAUGUGUCCACGGUCGCUGCAUUGCUCCAAACACCUGUCAGUGUGAGCCUGGCUGGGGUGGGACCAACUGCUCCAGUGCCUGUGACGGUGAUCACUGGGGGCCCCACUGCAGCAGCCGGUGCCAGUGCAAAAACGGGGCUCUGUGCAACCCUAUCACAGGGGCUUGCCACUGCGCAGCAGGCUUCCGGGGCUGGCGUUGCGAGGACCGCUGUGAGCAGGGCACCUACGGUAAUGACUGUCACCAGAGAUGCCAGUGUCAGAAUGGCGCCACCUGCGACCACGUCACAGGGGAAUGCCGCUGCCCACCCGGGUACACUGGAGCCUUCUGUGAGGAUCUUUGUCCCCCUGGCAAGCAUGGUCCACAGUGUGAGCAAAGAUGCCCCUGCCAAAAUGGAGGAGUUUGUCAUCAUGUCACUGGAGAAUGCUCUUGUCCUUCUGGCUGGCUGGGCACAGUGUGUGGUCAGCCUUGCCCAGAGGGUCGCUUCGGAAAGAACUGUUCACAAGAAUGUCAGUGCCAUAAUGGAGGGACGUGUGAUGCUGCCACAGGCCAAUGUCAUUGCAGUCCAGGAUACAUAGGGGAACGGUGCCAGGACGAGUGUCCCGUUGGCACAUACGGAGUUCGCUGUGCUGAGACCUGCCAGUGUGUCAACGGAGGGCAAUGCUAUCACGUGAGCGGCUCGUGCCUCUGCGAAGCAGGCUUUGCUGGUGAGCGCUGUGAGGCACGCCUGUGCCCCGAAGGGCUCUACGGCAUCAAAUGUGACAAGCGGUGUCCCUGCCACUUGGACCACACUCACAGCUGUCACCCCAUGUCUGGAGAGUGUGCCUGCAAGCCGGGCUGGUCAGGACUCUACUGCAAUGAGACCUGUUCUCCUGGAUUCUUCGGGGAAGCUUGCCAGCAGAUCUGCAACUGCCAAAACGGGGCUGACUGUGACAGUGUGACCGGGAAGUGCACCUGUGCCCCGGGAUUCAAAGGCAUUGACUGCUCUAUCCCAUGCCCACUGGGGACCUACGGAAUAAACUGUUCCUCUCUCUGUGGCUGUAAGAACGAUGCUUUCUGCUCACCUGUAGAUGGGUCUUGUACUUGCAAGGCAGGCUGGCAUGGUGUGGACUGCUCCAUCAGCUGUCCCAGCGGCACUUGGGGCUUUAGCUGUAACCUGACCUGCCAGUGCCUCAACGGGGGAGCCUGUAACACCCAAGAUGGGACCUGCACGUGUGCACCUGGUUGGCGUGGGGAGAAGUGUGAGCUCCCCUGCCAGGAUGGCACGUAUGGGCUGAACUGUGCAGAGCGCUGUGACUGUAGCCAUGCAGAUGGCUGUCACUCCACGACGGGCCACUGCCGCUGCCUCCCCGGAUGGUCAGGUGUCCACUGUGACAGCGUGUGUGCUGAGGGGCGCUGGGGCCCCAACUGCUCUCUGCCUUGCUACUGUAAAAAUGGGGCUUCGUGCUCCCCAGACGACGGCAUCUGUGAGUGUGCGCCGGGGUUCCGAGGCACCACUUGUCAGAGAAUCUGUUCCCCUGGUUUCUAUGGGCAUCGCUGCAGCCAAACAUGCCCACAGUGUGUGCACAGCAGUGGGCCAUGCCACCACAUCACGGGCCUCUGUGACUGCCUGCCUGGCUUCACAGGUGCCCUCUGCAAUGAAGUGUGUCCCAGUGGCAGAUUUGGGAAAAACUGUGCUGGAGUUUGUACCUGUACCAACAACGGAACCUGUAACCCCAUUGACCGAUCUUGUCAGUGUUACCCAGGUUGGAUUGGCAGUGACUGCUCUCAACCUUGUCCACCUGCACACUGGGGCCCAAACUGCAUCCACACGUGCAACUGCCACAACGGGGCCUUCUGCAGCGCCUAUGACGGCGAAUGUAAAUGCACGCCUGGCUGGACAGGUCUCUACUGCACCCAGAGAUGUCCUCUGGGGUUCUAUGGAAAGGACUGUGCAUUGAUAUGCCAGUGUCAAAAUGGCGCUGACUGUGACCACAUCUCCGGGCAGUGUACGUGCCGCACUGGCUUCAUGGGGAAGCACUGUGAACAGAAGUGCCCUGCAGGAACGUAUGGCUACGGCUGUCGCCAGAUAUGUGACUGUCUGAACAACUCCACCUGUGACCACAUCACUGGCACCUGUUACUGCAGCCCAGGCUGGAAGGGGGCACGAUGUGAUCAAGCCAGUGUCAUCAUAGUUGGAAACCUGAACAGCCUAAGCAGGACAAGUACGGCUCUUCCUGCUGACUCCUACCAGAUCGGGGCCAUCGUGGGCAUCAUCAUUCUUGUGCUGGUGGUGCUCUUCCUGCUGGCCUUGUUCAUUAUUUAUAGACAGAAGCAGAAGGGAAAGGAAUCGAGCAUGCCAGCAGUUACCUACACCCCUGCUCUGAGGGUCAUGAAUGCAGACUAUGCCAUUUCAGAAACCCUUCCCCACAGCAAUGGGGGAAGCGCCAACAGUCAUUACUUCACCAACCCCAGUUACCACACGCUUACACAGUGCGCCACAUCCCCUCAUGUCAACAACAGGGACAGGAUGACCAUCGCUAAGUCGAAGAACAAUCAGUUGUUUGUAAAUCUGAAAAAUGUGAAUCCUGGGAAGAGAGGCCCAGUGGCGGACUGCACAGGAACACUGCCAGCAGACUGGAAACAUGGCGGCUACCUCAAUGAGCUUGGAGCUUUUGGACUUGACAGAAGCUAUAUGGGAAAAUCCUUGAAAGAUCUGGGAAAAAAUUCUGAAUAUAAUUCAAGUAACUGCUCCCUAAGCAGUUCUGAAAACCCAUAUGCCACUAUUAAAGACCCACCUGUACUUAUCCCCAAAAACUCAGAGUGUGGCUAUGUGGAGAUGAAGUCACCAGCACGGAGAGAUUCCCCCUAUGCAGAGAUCAAUAACUCAACUUCAGCCAACAAGAAUGUCUAUGAAGUUGAACCUACAGUGAGUGUUGUCCAAGGAAUAUUCAGCAAUAAUGGGCAUCUCACCCAGGAUCCAUACGACCUCCCAAAGAACAGUCACAUCCCUUGCCAUUAUGACCUGCUGCCAGUCCGAGACAGUUCACCCUCCCCCAAGCGAGAGGAUGGCGGCAGCGGCGGCAGCGGCAGUGAAUGACACCAAAGGACUGCUUGGUAGCCGCUGAAACAGUUUCCAGAACUGCAGUUCAGUUCUUCUCCAUCUCAAGUUUGCCACCUUAGGUGAAUGUUAAUCUACUUGGUAGGCAACUGUUGGACAUGAACCAGAAAGCUCAAAGCUAAGGCUGACUGACCGUAGGUCCACCUUGUCCGGGUGGCUCGGAAGGAGAGAUCAAUGUGACUUCCUAUUCUUCUAAGCAUUAGAACUGCACUCGUGAAGCAUGACUUCCUAUAAAAUUUGGGCUGAAAGCAUGACUGCGCGGAGGUCUUUGGGAGGGAGUCAUGGGGUACGGUGGCUGUUGGCAUUAUGGCUUGAACAAUUAAAAUUUAAAUAUUUUCUUUCUCAUUUGCAUUGCAGACCUGUACCAAGGAUUGUGCAGUUAUCAUAAAAUCUAGUGUGAAUCACUAAACAUGUAGAAGAGAAGGGGCAUAGUAUUGAGUCCUUAUGUUUAUUUUUUUCAGCUGGACUCAGACUUAUAGAGAUAAUAUGAACCCAGGAAGAAAUGUUCUGUCAAGUGGCAUCCCUGGAGAGACUUUGAGUAAACUCUAGAAUUGGUUAGCCCAUUUAAAUAUGAAAACUUUAGACUUUUUUUUUAGGAUGAAGAAAUGAAAAAUUAGACUUAUUUUAGAAGUAGUAGAAUUAUUUCAGGAAUCAGUAUACAGGUGUGGUUGGCAGAGGGUUAUCUACUUGGACCCUUGGCCUACUUUUGAUCCAUGAUGUCAUUCUGAUUGUUGUCCCUACCAUACAUAUUCACCACUGAAGGUCCAUAACAUAUCAAUAAUUAUUUCAUAAAUACUGAAAUGAAAUAGUUUUAUUUUUGACAGACCGGAUUAAACGAGUCUAUAAUGAUUGGAAAAGGUUGUAAAUUUUAAGUGUAAGAAGAUGCUUUGGUUUUGUAAACCAUUAGUAACACAUGCUGUAAUAUAGAAUUAGCAGAAAGUUUUGAUUAACUUUUCCCUAGAAGUGACCAGAAUAUUUUUGUGCAUAUUUGAGAAAAGGGCACUUUCCUUUUAUUAAUUGUUGAUUUAGAGAAACUAUGCUUAAGCUGGUCUUUUGCAUUGCUAAUAUGACGUGUACCCCAUUUUUCAUUAAUUUGUAUUUCUGUUUUUAAGUUGUAUAUUCUAUGUUUUGUAGUGCUUGGAUUGUUAAUGAAAAAAAUUAUAUUAUAUGUUCAUUGUUUCUUGUAUUAUUGUCACUUAUCUUUUUUGCUUGAUAAAAUGCAUUGUCCUUUUUUUUCUUUUAGAGGGAGGAGAUGAAAAUACAUAAAUCAAAUCUAUUAAAAUUGGUCAUUACUAAAAUUGCAAAGUAACCGUGGGUGAGUGGCUUAUAAUCGAAAUAGAGAAGCUUUUUAAUAUUAAUGGAGCUCCUUUUGGUCUGUGGGUUCCGAGUCUUGGUUAAGCCAGGGGGUAGGAGAGUGAGGAGCUGUUCAUUAUGGAAUGAGUACCACAGACUGGUCUUACCGAAGACCUUCGUUGAGAGGAUCACACAAUUGAUCUUCCAAACUGGGACACUUAUGAGUGUGAAUGAGGGCAUUAUGAAUAUUUAACCCACUGUUGGCGUAAAUCUGGACUGUCCCAAGCAAACCAGAAUGGAUGCUCAUCCUUUGCACACCUGUCAUGCACUAACAUUUUUCAUUUCAAGGUAGUUGUCUGAAGAGAAUGCCAACAUGAUGCAAGAAAGCUGGUUUCUCCUUGACCUACCUGAGCGAGCAGAAGGUCUGAAAAGCUGCAUGAGGAAGCAACUUCAUGAGAGGAAACAGUGGCUGUAAAUCUUUAUAAAGACAUGAAACCCUAUGUGGUGUCUUAGUGAGUCAGUUGACAAAUAUGUAUUGUCCAUGCAUUCUAGGCAUUGUCCCUGCCAGUUAUCAAGUUUUGGUAUCCAGUGAGUUCAUAUCACAUACCUGACCCUGUGAUGGUGGUUUGGUCAGGGAGAUGAUACACACCUUGGACAUUCACUCCUUUAAUGGCUGUUUCUUGUCAAGAGCCCCAAAGUUAAUUCAAGGACAUCUUGAAUUUCCUGGAACAUGCCUUAGAAAUUGGUUCAAUAGUUACCCUUCGGCUGACCGUUGGCUCUAGGGAGUGGGUAGGCAUUUAACUGAGACACUUGUGGGUCAAUAGCCACGAAAAGUCCUUUCUGGUAAGAAAAAAAUCUUUCCCCCUUCUUGUUUAAGAAGCAUCUCUUCAUUGCUCCACAAUACAUUUGAGUUUCCCCAUAAUGACCUCAAUAUAGUU